AUGGCUGCCACCGCUUUCUUCGCUACCAGCUCCCUCGUCAGCUACGGCCGCUCGGGCUACAACAAAGGUAACUCGGACGAUGACGAGGAGCAGAACAAGCUCCGUGACUAUGGCCGCUCCGGAUACAACAAGGACGACAAGGACGACGAGGAAGACAAGCAGCACUGA